CCCAAAGAGCAAGCAAGCAAACAGAAACGACGAUGAAGCCAUCCACUGUGCCGCUGAUCACCGUCUUGCUUGGAGCUCUGCUGCAGAUGCACUGCAUCCGUGGCCAGGGCCAACCCUUCGAUAUCACCAAACUGCUGCCGAAGAGCGGAACGGAGACCAUUUGGUCGGUGAUCGAUCGCAAUCUGCCGCAGGUGCAGGGGAUGAUCAACGCGGCCAGGAGCGAGUGCGUCCAGAAGCUGGGCUUGCCCAAGGACCAGCGUCCGCUGAUCAGGGUCACCGAUCCCAGCGAGAAGGAGAAGUGCCUGGCGGAGUGCGUGCUCAAGAAGAUCAAGCUGAUGGACCAGAACGACAAGCUGGACAUCGGCCAGGUGGAGAAGCUGACCAGUCUGGUGACCAUGGACAACAAGAUGGCCAUCGCCAUCAGCUGCAGCAUGGCCCAGGGCUGCAACAGGAGCAUCGUGUCCAAGAAUCCCUGCGAAGCAGCCUUCUUCUUCAAUCAGUGCAUCGGUCGCCAGCUGGAGCGCAACAAUGUGAAGUUGGUCUGGUAGGAGUCUCCAGGGAUCUCUAGAAAAUUGGUCUGGUAGGAGUCUCCAGGGAUCUCUGGAAAAUAGUUAUCUACAUAUAUAUAGUGGCACCAUUACCACAUUCACCAAAGGAAUUUGGAUAAUAUUUGAGACAAUAUUUUUGAAAAUUACCUAAUUGGACUUUUUGUGAAAAUUGAAAAUUGUUGAUAGUUUAAGUUACUUGUAAUACGAGUUGGCAUUAAAACUUUUUUUUGACAUUUGUUAUUGAUUGAAAUAAACAUAUACUUCAAA